AUGCUAAAUCAGAAGGCAGAGUCAGACCUCCAACAAAACAAAUUGGAAUCCUGUUACUAUCACCUUCAGAAGGCACAACAAUUAUGUAUUCAUGUCCCCCACCUUAAAGUAUGCAUUUAAAUCAUCCUAGUUACAAACCAUAAACAAUCUUGCCUUAUAUCAUCAAAAAUUAAACUAGCCACAAAAGGCCUUAAAUUAUUUGAAUCAAACUUUGAAAAUGCAAUACUAGUAAGCAAUCUUAUUAUCUUAAGAUAACAUCUUGAUUCCUCCUUAGCAAACACUUAUUUAAAUAUCAGUGCCAUUUAGUCAUCUUUAGAAUGCCAUGAUGUUGCACUCCAAAACAUCUAUCUAUCCAUAAUACUAUUAUAACAUGAAUUAUUAAUUGAAGGUUUGAAAUGCAAUAUCGAACUAUAACACAAAUUAAAUCUUCAGAAAAUGCAGAGUAAUCUACUAUCUGAAGGAAUCAAUUUUCAAUUUGAUGAGUAUCUGAAGAUAGACAGAGCCUAAAUUUUGAUUGCUGCAUAUCACAACUUAAGUCUGGAAAUGGAGUUUUUCAAAAGGAAUGAAGAAGCAUAAAAAAUCAUUGAUUCUGCAAAAACUCUAUCAGAAUUUAUUCUACAACCUUCACAUGCCUUAAGAAUAAAAUUGAAGGAAAUUGCAGACAAAUAAGUAAGUACACGAAUCUAAAAAGUUUAAAACUUUAAUCACAGAAGCAUUUCCUUCGAUGAUAGAAAUAGUAAUAGUAUCCAUCACACUAAGUCCUCGAAAUAUCAUUUUUAGAGACAGUAUUCUAAAGAUAAUAAUAAUUCAAUAUAGUUAAUUCAAAACUCCAAAACAGUUCUUAAGAAUACUCCAUCUAAAUUGAUAAAACAUUAAAAAUUCAUAACAGAAAUCACUCAAUCAAAAUCAGCUUCAAAAAUUAACAAAUUUAUGAAUCCAUUAGAAUUAAGUUAUACAUAGGAUUGA